UUAACAAUACUGCACGGAAAAAAACGACUUCCAGGUAGGUUUUGAACCCUAGUCCCUCGCGUUGCAAGGGGCACGAAGCGCCGGCGAAAGGGCGGAGGAGAUGCUCAAAGAGCCCCAAAAGGGGGCGGAGUUUUGCAGACAGACGCCGGGCGUUUCGGCCCGAAAUUUAGCACCGCCCCCUCUUCCCCCGCCCCGCCCCGCCCGGUCUGAGCGCCGCCAGCACCUGCCCUGUGCUGAGAGUCCGGCACAAGCUUCCGAGACUCCAGAUUGCCUGCAGUGGUUGUGCGAAAGCCAGGGGAGCACUUCAGGUAAAUGGAAGAUCUGGAGAUACGCAAAGCACGUCGGAUAGAGCAGAUGGUAGCAAAAUGGCUGCGUCGGUCACGAGAUAAUUCAGCCAGAGGGAGAACAUCAGUGAGCGAGAGACCACCUGAAGGUAUUGGACAGCCUCCAAGUCGUGUAAAGCUUAUGGUAGAUGUCCCUAAAGAUGUGCUGCUUGGACAUUAUGGCUUUGAAGUUUCCCCAAAUCUUCCCCUUUUGGUCACAUCUGUUGUUGAAGGCAGCACUGCUGAUGGGAAGCUUCUGCCAGGGGAUCACAUUCUUGCGAUAAACAACGAAGUAGUGGAAGACAUUCCUGGUGAACAAGCAGCUGCGCUUUUAAGGGAAUCACAAGACACUCUCCAGCUCACAGUUCUCCGAUGCACUUCGGGUGGCCCGAAAUCAUCUUUUCUUACAGCAGAGAAAAGGGCCAGACUGAAGACAAAUCCUGUUAAAGUCCGCUUUGCAGAAGAAGUGGUUGUGAAUGGACACACUCAGGGCAGUUCUCUGCUCUGCAUGCCCAACGUUCUCAAGGUCUACUUGGAAAAUGGACAAACCAAAGCUUUCAAGUUUGAAGCAAAUACAACAGUCAAGGACAUUAUUCUUACUUUGAAAGAAAAGCUUUCCAUUCGAAGCAUUUCAUAUUUUGCCUUGGUCUUGGAAGAGCAGUAUAAUGUGCUGAAGAUGUAUCUUCUACAUGAAGAUGAGCUCAUUGAACGGGUAGCUCAGAGGAAAGAUGCUCAUGAUUAUCGGUGUCUCUUCAGAGUCUGCUUUAUUCCCAAGGACCCACUGAUUCUGUUGCAGCAAGACCCAGUGGCCUUUGAGUACCUCUAUUUGCAGAGCUGCAGUGAUGUGCUUCAGGAGAGAUUUGCUGUUGAGAUGAAGUGCAGUGUUGCUUUGCGGCUGGCUGCAUUGCACAUACAGGAGCGGAUCAUCACUUGUGCUCAACCACAGAAAGUAUCUCUGAAGUACAUAGAGAAAGACUGGGGAAUAGAAAACUUUAUUUCCCCAACACUGCUCCGAAACAUGAGAGGCAAGGACAUCAAAAAGGCCAUUAGCUUUCACAUGAAGAGGAAUCAGCUUUUGCUGGAUCCAAGACAAAAGCACCGCCUCUCAGCAGCACAGGUCCGUCUGAGUUACCUCCAGAUUCUUGGAGAUCUGAAACUUUAUGGUGGAAAAAUCUUUAAUGCCACUCUCAUGUUACAGGACAGAGAAUCAUGUAUAACCCUCUUGGUGGGAGCCAAAUAUGGAAUCAGUCAAGUCGUAAAUAACAAACUCAACAUCAUAACCAUGCUGGCAGAAUUUGCUGACAUCAGCAGACUGGAGCUUACCGAAGAGUCUGAGAAAGUAAGCAUGGUAAAAAUCUACCUCCAAGAUAUAAAGGUGCUGACUCUGAUGCUAGAAUCGAACAAUGCCAAAGAUCUGGCUUGUCGCAUCAGUGGCUACUACAGGCUGUUUGUUGAUUCAGGCCAUUCCAUAUUCAUCUUGGGGGAGAAAAAAGCCCAGAUGCACCGCUUCUCAGCAGAGGAGGGGUAUGAAUCCAGGACCUGCAGUGACUCCGAAGACUCUUCAGAACAGGACUCCUCCUUAGACCGGUUUUCAGACACUCACUCCCCCAAGCUCAGCAACAGCGACCCCUUGACUGAAGAGGAAAGAGAGCAAGAGUUGCUGGGGCAAGAAAGAAGUGCAACAGGGGGCAAAAAGAUGAGCUUUUGCAAUGGGUACGACAAUACCAAUGACAGCUUGUCGGAAACCUCUGACUCAGCCAACACAGAGAGCCGAGGUCUUAAGACCAGUGGCUCCAGUGACUCUAUGGAUGCCCUGGAGGAGGAUGAUUUGGAAACAUGCUCUUCAAGCAGGCCAGAGUUCUCCUAUUUUUACACCCCGACUCUUCAGGAGUUAACAAGCCAUGCCCAAGCCUUCUCAGGUCCGGAUGGAGCAGAAAAACCAACAGCAACUCAGGAGUAUUUCUUUUCUUUCCUCCUGCCACCCCAUUUAUCCAAUUCUGCACUCGCACAGCCCGAAGGAGAAUUCAGAAGAGAAGGUGAAACCAGCGCUUCCACUCUGGAAUCCAAGUUGGCAGCGAACAAUGCCAUGGAGUACUACAGUCUCUGUGCCAACAUCUCCCCGGCCAGCAGCGGAGAGAAGAACACGCAGAGCGACAGCCUCGAGGGGAGCUUGUUGAAUGGCACAGGCGGUGGCGUGGAGAGAACGUGUGAUGGGGAAAGGCGGGGCUUUCUCUUGGCUCCUCCCCCUGGCUUUGGAGACAGCAGCUCGGAUGACGAAUUCUACGAUGCAGCAGAAAGGAUGACGCCGACAGAGAUGCAAGCAGGUGCUGAAGGUUCUUGCGACGGUUUGGGUGAACAAGGGCUGUUGCGGCAAAGCAGAAGAACAAAGCACAGACCUGAAAAGGCACCUUGGUGUGCUAACAGCCUAAGGAAAAGGAGAUCUUUCCUCCAGACUCAUUUUACCUCCCAAGUCAGUUUCCCUGUCGCUCCACCUCACACUCAAGAGAACACCGAUCAUGCAUGCUCUGAUGGAGAGCCUGUCCUUUCAGGCACUUCAGGCUCACCCGCUGUGGUCUGUUUCAGGGACCUUAAGACUGAUUCCGAUCUUUUUGAAGCUCAACAGCUAGACCAACUGGCCGAAAAUAAAAGUGCUUCAUCUGAUUUAAUGGAGAGGGAGCCAGAUUCAUUAGACAUGAAGGCAGUAACUGAUCCAGCGGUGUGUCCUGUCUCCACUACCCAGGCUCCCCAGGAAGGCAGAGAAUGCUCAGAUUUCGCCUGUAGCUCUUCAACAACAGAGACACAUGACCGUUCUUUUGUCUCUUCCUCCAACUCAGACAGCCUUCAUACUUGUUUGAGUACGUUGGAAGUCUCUGUUCAGCUAGAAGAUCCCAGCGCUGCUUGCAGAGAAAAAGCAGAAGAGAUUGCAAGAACAGCUGGUGGAAUUCAGGAACACUGUAGAACAAGCACGGAGCACGAUGUAAAUGAAACAUCACAAACAGCGAAAGCCUUGCCUGAAACAGGAAUUAGCUAUGUAUUGAUUGAGGAAAUAAUACACACAACUACCAAGCCUUCACGGUCUCCGAGUGACAAAAAGUUGUCUUAUGGGCCAUCCUCAGAUCAUGAUCUUCUGUCUUCUGAGAAGGUGCAGAAACGUGAACACCUUGUGCUAAAUCCAGGCAGUUCUGAACCUGUGGCAAGACAGGUGCUUGGAAGCUUACUGCCCCAGGAAAAUACCAACAGAAUGCCAAGUGAAGCCUCCUCAGAAAAUUCCGAGAAUAACCAACACCUGGACGUCGCAAAUGCAACUAAGCUGCUUUCUAAUAGUGAUGAUACUUCAGGGGUAGGGAUGCGCCUCUCCUGGCCUGCUUCUAGCUCAAUGGUAGACCAUCUAGGAAAAUGCCAGCAGACAGAUGACAAUCUUGAAGCAAUUGUUAGCCAAAGCAUCCCAGAUGUAAAUCCACUCUCUUUAAAAGAUGGUGAACUACAUCAAAUGCCACACGAUUUACCAGCUGUGCCUGUGAGGCCUUCUGAAGGUGAUGGUGGCCAGAAGGUGGAGGAAGACAUCAUCAGAGGAGAAAUUCUUGAUGUGAAUUAUAUACUGACUAGUUCACUAAAUGUUUCUGAAGAGGAGAGUAAGGACCAGAGAAGAGCUGUCAGGUCAGAUGGGCUAGACUACAUGUCCCUUGACAGUUUGUAUAAGCCUACAGAGCCUGGUGAGGAAAGCAGAGUUUCAAAUCUUAAUGGCAAAAAGUUGUGUUCUGAUAAUGCAACAGAAGAUACUAACACACCUAAUGUGAGUUCUCAUGCUGUGGUGAAUGUUAACGAGACAGUCGCAUUAGAACAUAAAACGGACAGAUGCAGUUGCCGGUUGACUUACACAAGUUGUUUCUCUGGGCCAGACAAUGAGGCAGAAUUAGACUAUGUCAAUCCCAUUACAUAUGGUGCUUCUGAGGGGCCAUUAACAACCCCACCAUCAACCAAAGGCCCAGUAUCUCUAGAUUUGAAUCCCACCGGACUCACUCAAGAAUGCAACAGUGUUGUUAAUGGUAACUCCGGGGACAGUAACAGGUGGCUUCCCGAAACUCAUACAAAAGUAUUGGGUCAUAUAAAAGACAGAAUGUGUGUCUCACCAUUUGACUUCUGUCAUUUGUUAGACAAUGUGGUGGAACUUCAGGAGAUUCUGAAGCAGUUUUGGGGCAGCAAAGUAAAACACCCUCGAGAUGAAUGCUCAGCCCACUUUUCUGAAAACAAGAAUACCUUGUUUGAGGAAUUGCAAAGACUGACAUCUAGUUGCCAGAAAGUUAUCAAAACACAGAGGCCUUCCUCAGAGACACACAAUGCUGUUCAGGAGAGCUUCCAGAACCUUCUCCAGCUGACGGAAACGUGCCUCCAGUUCACAACCUGUGGCCUGUGCAGCAGGAGGCACAAAGAUCUCAUAGUCAAUCUGAAGGACGCCAUAUGUAGCUAUCACCAGUUUGUCCAGGCAGCCAAGCAGGCAUGUGAAAGGAAUUAUCCCAGCUUGAGUGUGAAACUCCUCGUAUGCCAGUACACUGCUCUCACUGCAGCCCUCUUCUGCCUUGUGCAACAAUUCAGGGCACCAUCCUGUGUAUGAGACAGAGGUCUUGUUUACCUGCCUCUUCAUUCUGCUGCUAUCUCAUCCUGUGACGGGGAAAUAUCCAGUCAGCUUGUGCUGAUAAACCUGUGCUCUUGUGGAACAGAAGAGAUGCAUAACAGCUAGGCCACGGUCAGCCAUGCAAUGGUUUGGUCUCAUUCUUAAAUGGAUAUUAUAGUUUAAAUUAGCCAAAGUCAACAGGAUGAGUUAUUCUCCCUAUUGAAAUGUACUUGGGUGCAUGUCGUUUGCUUUGCUCCUGUGCCAUGGGUGAAGAACACACAAGAACCACCUCUUUUGCACUGACUCAGGGUCCUUCCUGAUACGAACAGCUGCUGUUCUAUACGCAUGUAGUACCAAGUUUCAAUUUGUGGCUAGCCAUGAAUGCCAGCUGAGCUUGAAUGCUAUACUAAAAAAUGCUUUAUGCUAAAACUUUUGUAUGCGCUAAUUUGUGGAAACAAUUGACCACAGCUGAAGAAAACACAUCAAUGAACCAGAAUCUGGGUUUGGAUGCUUAAUCUAUGCAAAUACGGAGGGUGGGUGUCCAAAGAUAUGUAUGCAUGAGCGUGUUUGCCCUGACUAAUGUGGCUCUGAUGGAGAAGACUUGGGUGUGUCUUCUACUUAAUGGAUCUUUUAAGUGAUUUGCUGUCCACACUAGUCUUUCAUCAAUGCCCAAGGCUGACAGGGGUCAACACAGGGUGAGUGUUGACUAUGCAGACCUCAUGACCCUUAAGAAUAACAGUGGCGGGAUACAAUCACAGGCUUCAGAUGCCACAAUGGGGAGUUCAGAAGGCUUAUUUCUGGGCAAACUUUCUCAUGGACUUAAGACCCUUUGAAAAAGUAUUCCACUAAGCUACAAGUGUUCUGAAAACAUUAGACAUUGUAAGGUUCUUAGUGGCUUGUUGCUACUCAUCCCUUCUCUUCCUAUAUGCUGUUACUAGUAUUUCAAGGCCCAACUCAAAACGCAUCCUAUUGAUUUUUUGAAUGAUGGGCCUCAUGUGAAUGUAUUCUUACCACCAUCUCUACCUAUAUGAUGCAUCCAGUAUGGACUGAGCUGUUGUCUAUCAAAGUUUGUG